AUUAUGAAGUGAUGAGGGGUUUAGAGGAGGGGAUAAUUUACGUGUUUUAUGGCUGGCAAACGCUGAACUGAGCAAGAAGCAAAGUUGAAAAUGCAGAUACCCACUUUCACAACAAUCUCUCAACGCCCAUUUCAUCCACUUGGAGGAAUAAUCAAUUACACUUUCCAUCGUUUCAAACCUUUUUCUCCAACCAAACACUUCCCUAUUCAUUUCCAUUUCCACUCCCUUAAAGCAGCUAUAACUACCCACCACGAACCUGUUGUUGUUGUUGAUGAUAACGAACCACGAUUCGUUGAUAUUGGUUAUGUAUCUGGUGUUCACGGUUUUCAAGGCGAUGUUCGUGUUAAGCCUAACACUGAUUUUCCUGAACUGCGAUUUUCAACGCCUGGGAGAAGAUGGUUGAAGCAAAAGGUUAUGGGUGGAGAAAACGUUCAGGAAAUUGAGCUUGAAGAAGGUAGGGAACAUUCUGGACAGAAUUGUUGGAUACUCAAAUUCAGUGGAAUUGACUCUGCGGAGGAGGCUAAGAUUCUUAUUGGUGCUACCUUGCUUGUGACGGAAGAAGACAGGCCCGAACUCGAAGAGGGUGAAUUUUACACACAUGAUCUCAAUGGGAUGCGAGUUUUUAUGAAGGAAAAUGGAAAACUUUUGGGAACAGUUAUUAAUGUUUUCAACAAUGGAGCAAAUGAUCUACUUCAAAUUUCACUUGAUUCAUCCUUUGAUGUGCUUGAUAAAAAUGGCAAGCCAAAGCCAGAAGAAAUAGAAGCAUCUGGUCAGCUUGUUUUGGUACCUUUUGUUGAAGCAAUUGUUCCAGAUGUUGAUAUGAAUAGAAGAGAAAUGCAUAUUACUCCGCCCAAGGGACUUUUGGAGUUAAACUUACGAUUUGAUGAUAGGUCCAAAAAAGAAAGACGCCAACUUGAAUGGAAAGAAAGGAAAAAGUUCCAAAAGCGUCUCAUAGCAGCAAAAAAGAAACUCCGUGAAAUGGAUCAGCAACAUGUAUUUCAUGGAUUUCAAUGCGGAGAGAAAGAACAAUGGAGCUUGCUUAGCGAUCAGAUUGUUGGUGUAAACUCCAGAUUACUUCAGGAGGCCUUACAAAGUCUUGAACAACCAGCCAACAGAUGGAAUGCAGCUGAGUUGGUCAGUGCCAUGGAAGAAAAGCGUAUACGUACUGUACAAAUAUCUGAAAGGUCUCUCCUAACUGGAAGUAAAACCAAGUUGGUUAGGAAUAUCAUCAAUAUGAAAGAGAAGGGAGUUGAGCUAAUUUCUAAUGGCAAAAUGGCUAUUGUCUUGCUCUUGAAAGAAAAAGAGAAUGAAGGAUGCAUUUAUGAUCCUGAAGUUGUUGAAAAUGAAGCAACUGAAACUUCAACACUACACAUGCUUCAAAACUUACUCUCUGAUCAUGAAAAGUUUGUAAAGGUUAAUGAUCGUGUAUCUGUUCCUUUAAUUUUGGUUUCCUCGGCCCAACAAAUCCAGUCUUUAAGAAAUCUCUUUACAAGGAACAAUCACUUCGCGUUCGACUCUGAAAAGGUAUGGUUUUUGGAGGAAGAGAAGCUUCCAGUUGUCAGCAGUUCACUAGAAGGACAAAACAAAUACAAGAUUUUAAUGAAGUCACCUUGGGAAAUACUCCAAUCUCCUGUUGGAUCAGGAGGAUUUAUUAGCUUGUUUUCAAAACAUAGCAUUACAGAUAAUCUGAUUAACAUGGGUGUUGAGUACCUUGAGUUAUGCUGUCCAUGCGAAAGAAGUGUUGGUGGAAAUUCACUACUUGUUGGGUUGGUUGAUGCGCGGGAAGCAAAAAUUGGGAUACAGAUUUCACCUACAAUAGCUGAUCCAGAUGAAAAUUUUGACAUGAUAUUGUCGAUGGAGUUUGUAAAGAAGCUAACGAAGCAGAGCUACAAACUUCGAUUUGAUGCAACCGCCAAGACAAAUUCCUUUAUUGAGAGUGUUGAUAAAGACUGGGUUACCGUUACCUCGUCCACCCCAAACUCAUACGAGCUAUCUUGUAGUGUAUAUAGUUCCUUAAAUGCAUGUCCGUUGGAUAAGGUUUGUAUAGUAGAGGUUAGAGAAUAAUACCAUAAAUUAUAUUUUAGAUGAGAUGAUAUAUGAGAUAAUGAAUGCUUCAGAAUUACCGGCUAGAUAUGAAAUAGCACGUAUGUAUAUAUGUAUGACAUUCCUUUAAAUCCAUGGAAUUAUACCA